AGGCGCUGAACAUCUCAGACCCUCAGCUCUGCUACAUCCUAGAUGGGUUCCUGGGUCUGUAUGGUCUCAUCAUCACCGGCAUGUUCAUCAAGGAGAAGUUCUUCAGAAGCAAAAUGAAGCCGGCGGAGGAGAGCCUCUACACCGAUCUCAGAGGUCAGGAAACUGAUGGAGGUUACGCCCCACUGAUGACCGACCCUGAGAGAGGAAGAAACCGUCGGGUCCAGUCUGACGACACUUACACGGGUCUGCAGAAACGGACCGAGGGAACCUAUAAAGAACUUCCUGUCAAACGAGACCGACCCAAAAAGAACGAGCAGAUUUACCAGGGUCUGAGUUCAGCCACCAGAGACACCUACGACUCCCUGCAGAUGCAGCAACGUUAACCAGUUAUUAACCAGUUAUUAACAACAGUUAACCAGUUAUUAAUGAGUUAUUAAUUGCAGUUAACCAGUUAUUAACCAGUCAUUAACAGAAGUGAAUAGUUAUUAACCAGUAAUGAAGAUUUUAACAGCAGUAAAGUUAUAAACCAGUUAUUAACGGUUAACAGUUAUUAGCCAGUUUUUAACAGCAGUUAACCAGUUGUUAACUAAGUUUAACAGUGUUAACUAGUUUUUAAUCACCAGUUUACCAGCAGUUAAUGAGUUUACCAGUUCUUAACGAGUCCCUAACGAGCUCUGAAUGAGGUUCGGUUGUUUUGGUUUC